GUGCUGAUGUUUUAGUAUAUAAAACAUUUACUUUUUCUUUGCAGACUCACUAAAUAAUGCAGAUCAACAAAGGUGGUGGUCAUAUAAUGACAUUGUUACCACAUUACAUAAUAUCCUAAUACAUGCACAAAUCAUACAUAACGUGCAUAAGUUGUAAGGGUAACAUACUACGUUACAGUUUGACAUUACACAAGAUGAAAGCAAACCAUGUGAGAAGCCAUACCACCCCGUUCCACCAGGUGGAGAUAGCAUGUAUUCAUGUACUCACUUGGAAAGGAAAACGGAUGACUCCGUAAUACAGAUACACAUACGUUGUUACAGUAAAGCCGCAUUUUUUCCUCUCUCUCUCACCAAAAUAGCAACCUCUAAUUGAGAAUACAUCUGAUAAAAAGUUGAAAAUGGCACUGGUGAAGAGGCGAAGGUGCAAAAAUAGAGCCACCUCACUAAAUGAGUGAAAUCAUGAUUAGUUAAGUGAUAUGCUCAAGGGGCUUUCCCUUUCUUUUCCAUUUUUCAUUUUUUGGUGCGGUGAUAUGCUGAGCUGCUGAGCAGCCAACAAGAGUGAUUUCUUUUACAGAAAUCUCUCUUUCUCAUGCUAUGCCAGUUACUCCAAUUGCCCCAUUGAACAAAGAGUCUCUGACGAGUGCUGACUAGUACCAGAAGGGUGAAUACGCUGCAAUAACUAGAGCCACAGACGCUCACCUAGUGUCCUAAACAUUGGCCGGUGUGUUGGGGCCCUAACUCCCUGUGACCUGUGGGAACAUUCACGCUGAAAAGACUAAAAGAAAAGGAGAAAAUCUGUUUCAGAAAUCACUUGAAGGACAAUUGUUCACAGUUUAUCUUAAAUUUCCACCUACAGUAUUGCUUUAGUAUGCAGACAGAUUUUAUUUACGCUGGAUGUGUGUAUACUGCGUUAUGUUGUAUAAACUGCUGUAUAUUGCAGUUACAAGUAUUACUUUACGCUAGGAAUCAGGAAACCAGUAAGUAGAAAGGUGUUUUGAAUUGUCUUUGUUUGUAUACGAUAGCUGUGCGCAAUGUAAAUACAGUUUUAAAGCAAUAGUAGUUAAAUAUUUUAGACUAAUCGCUUCUUUCCUCAACCACUCACAUAUUUAUGGAUUGAAGUAUGGAGCUAAAGCCAGCAGACAGCUUAGCUUAGCUUAGCAGAAAGGCUGGGAACAGCAAGGGUAAAGCUAGCCAGGUUCUGUGUGUAAAGUAAAAAGACAAAAUCAAAAGUUACAUUUUAGGUUUAAGGACGGUGUGGUGUAACUGGAGCCAACUGGUUGCCUAACAACCUCACCGAGGCAACAAGAGAUCUGCAGUAACAGCCGGUUACAGCUGAGGAACUGUGAAUGUUUGAGUGAAUCUUUUUGUUGUUUUUAAAUUGUGUUUUAAUAAAACAUAUACUUGAGAAAACUGAUGCAUUAAAACUGUACCUGAGUAUCAAAAGGGUGCUUUCUUUUCUUCUGCCUUGAAUCUGUAAGUCCAUCAGCAUUACAGAGAAACUGUGCUUGAUUUAGUUAUUACAUGCAAGACCAACAAAUAAUUUUACCAACUUUUGGCAUUUUUUGUUCCCGAAGAGAAAUUACUUUUUAUUUGGAUUGAAUCAAGCAUUUAUCAGUGCAGACAGAGCAUACAACUGUAACUUCGACUGUAAAACAGACAGGAAAUCAUGGUGUGAGAGGAUGUGAGCCUAAAAUAACAUCUGAAACUUCACCACGUGUCAGAUGAUUUUGCGUCCUGGGUCCCCAGCAAAACUCUGCAGUUUGGCUCGUAAGGCUCUGACUUAUCUAAGCACAUCUUCCUUGACUUACUUUGUUCCUCUUUACUGGUAAUGCCUGUAUUAUGAUUCACACAGCAGCUUUCACAGUAUGUGAAAAGAAAAUGAAACUUUUGCUGCAGUUUGUUUUUUGUGUCAACAUAACACCCACAUCCACACAAAAAACCCCAAAUUUCCCAACAAGUCUUCAUACCUCAGUUAUAAACUAUGUAGUGUCAUUUAAUUCCAUACAAAUGAGCAUUUUCAUAUUGAUGAUUUAAAGUAUGAUUCAGACAAUUAACAGGCUUUGAAUUUCAUUUAUUAAUGUCACAACUUUUUGGCACUGUUGUGUUUAUUUUUGACUGUUGGAGGUGUAAAGACAGGAAACGUGAAACAACAAAGGUCCCCAGCUGGAACUGAACCGUGGGAAGAUGUGUUGAUGUGGUACACGCCUGAACCAUUCAGAAAACAAGGCACCCAAUCUCUUUAACACUGUGGACAGUGAGGAGAAAGACUUUGUAUUGUUAAUGAAUAUAUUUUUCGUGGCCAUACCUGUGAGUUUUGGUCAGCUUCUCUUGUCUGGAUAGCAGUUUCGCUGUUGUAAUCAGUAAAGAUUUGCAUUUUAAUAACACUGUUGUCACUCAAUAAUAUUACUAAUUUAAACUGUUUUAAAAACAAAUGUUAAUGGAUCGUAAAUGAUGCGUCAUUUUAAAAUGUGUGUGCCUUCUUGUGGGCUUAUGCAUGAAUGCAACUAGAUGUACACAAACACACACACAGUAUGCCUGUAUGUGAUUUUGGAUUAAGGCUGAGCUAACGGGAUUAGAAUGUUCUGCUGGCUGGACAGACGCCUUAAAUAGCUCAGCCUGACGCUGCUGCUGCUUCAGAGCUGCAGAACAAUCAACAUUUUACAACCGAGAACAAAUAUUUCCACCACAGCUGUUGUUUUUUCUCCACAUCCGCAGAAAUGGCUGAUGUUUUCAGAGGCCUGAACCUCCUUGAAACCCUCAAAGACUCCAUAGAGAACAACAAGUUAUCAGAUGUCAAGGAUGCAGUGGAAGAUCUUCUGAUCAGCAGGAUCAACUUAGCUGUAGUGGGAGACCGUGGGGAUGAAAAAGCCACCUUCAUAAACUCCCUCCGUGGCCUCGGUCCCGGGGACGAAGGAGCUGCUCCGUCUCCGUCCCCUGCUGCUCCGGAGGAAGUAGCAGGCUACCCUAACCCCAGACACCCUGACUUUCGGCUGUGGGAUCUGCCACCUGUCCCAUCCACCUCUCCAUUUGAACCUGAGAGGUACAUGGAGAAAUACAAGUUCUCACGCUACAAUGCCGUCUUCAUGACGUUCACACAGACACUCCAACCCAACAGCGUGGAGGUGUUCCAGGAGGCCCGCUCACUGCAGCAGCAUACAGUUUACUUCAUUCUCUUGGCUGUAGCGAAAGACACUGAAAAAAGCCUGGAAGAAAAGAGGAAAGCCAGUGUGGAAGUGCUGACAUCACAAGGCGUGGCACAGCCUAAAGUCUACGUGGUGCGACCAUCAACCCUGGAGAAGUCUGACUUCCCCGGCCUGUUGGAGGACAUGGGGAGAGACCUUCCAGAGAUCCGAGCCCACGCUCUUCUCUUGGCUCUCCCGACGCUGACCUCCACCCUGGUCACUCAGAAAAAAGAUGCAUUCAAAGCACUUGUAUGGGCAGCCGCCUCACUAUCUGGUGGGGUUUCAGCUAUUCCUGUUCCCUUUGUGGCCUCCAUGGUGGACUCAAGUGUAGCAGUGCGGAUUCUAACCAAAGCACAAUUAUCUCUGUGCCUGGACAAUGAAUCAGUCGAGGCACUUGCCCGCCUGCGAGGCGUGGAACUCUCUAGACUUAAAGGGCUGCGGACUUGCGUACUAUCAGUGGAGGUCACCAAAGGUGAGGUGAAAAAGCGGCUGGCGGCAGCAGAAAAGGACUUGGCCACGGUUUCGUCGAAGCUGGUGGAGAUGGCGAUGCCGAGACACGCCCGCUCUGUCAGCCGCUCCUUCACUGCCAUGCUGCAAGCCUUGAACUGCGCCAUCGAUGAAAUGGCGGCUGAUGCUGAAAAGAUACUGGCUGCUGCUGUCGGAGAGGGGAAGUGAAGUCAAAUGUUUUUUCUCUUCGUGUGCUGCUGAUGUGUGGUUCAUCUUCACUUUAAUGUUUUGGUCUGUAAGAGAUGCGACUGUUUAUUAUCCAAGUAAAUCUUUUGGUACGUUUACACUCUUUA